ACGAUAUCGAUUAGAAGCUGAAUUAGCUGCAAUGUCAUGGAAAAUUCGUUGGGAGGAUUUGGAUGGUGACGAAAUGAAGAAGGAUAAGAAGAAAAGUAGACGAAUGCGACGAUUGCACGGUUUUAGUUUUGAAUCGGAAGCAUUACUUCGAUCGUAUAGUCGAGCAUCAAAUGGCAGCGAAAAUUUGGAUGAGGAUGAACGGGAAUUCAGUAUUGGUCGCUUUAGACUGCGAAGUACCAGUUCCAAUGCAACUCGUAAAUUUUCGGCUUUAAUUGAUCGAAAGCUAAGCUUAUUUACACGAAAGAAAAAUUCAACUCAACAAAAUUCCACACAUAUGGUUCAAAAUCAUAUUAGCAAGGAUUUUGAACAUAAAAUGGAUACGCUUUCACGUUCCGGACCGUAUUUGACAAUUAGCGAAGGUGUGGAAACUGCGGAUUACGAUACGGAAAGUGGCCGGAUACCAUCAUUACUCUCUUCCGUUUCCAAUCCGAAACAAAAAUCACCCAAUGAAGAUGAUUUCGAUUUACACGCUAAGAAAAGUCUUUCGUUACGUAAUCGGAAAUUAUCAUUUGCUGGAUUUAGCACUGCGAGUGGAGGUUCAGUGGAAACAAUACAAAUGCAAAAUAAUGCACAAAUAUAUACGAAAACUGCUAAUUAUAAGGGUACAAUAGUUGCAGUUAAGAAUUUGAAUAUCGAUCCAAAGAAGUAUCCAAAGCUAGAUUUGACUCGUUCUAUGUUGAUGGAAUUUAAGCGAAUUAAAGAUCUACAACAUGAUCAUAUUACCAGAUUUACCGGAGCCUGUGUUGACUGUCCGCAUUAUUGUCUGGUACAAGAGUACUGUCCUAAAGGAUCACUGGAAGAUAUUUUAGAAAAUGAAAAAAUUGAACUGGACAAAAUGAUGAAGUAUUCAUUGUUGCAUGAUUUAGUUAAGGGUAUGUAUUUUCUUCACAAUACAUUUGUUGGUUCACAUGGUAAAUUGAAAUCAUCGAAUUGUGUUGUGGAUAGUAGAUUUGUACUCAAAGUUACCGAUUUCGGUUUUCAUGAAUUGCAUGCUAUGGAGGAUGAAAGUACCGAAGAAAUUGGCGAGCAUGCAUUUUACAAAAGGAAAUUAUGGACAGCACCAGAAAUAUUACGUAAUCCAAAUGCAUAUCGACCGAAUGGUACAAAAGCGGGUGAUUCAUAUAGUUUUGCCAUAAUAUUGCAUGAAAUGUUAUUUCGAAAAGGUGCCUUCUAUAUGGCUGAUGAACCUUCACCUAAAGAAAUUUGUGAACGUGUCCGAAGAGUGCCAGCAAUUUAUGAGGAAUUGUGUAGGCCGGAAAUACCUGAAAGUGCCUUAAUCGAUGGUCAAAUUGAACCGAAUCUGAUCAAUUUGAUGAUCAGUUGCUGGGCUGAAGAAUUUCAAGAACGUCCUGAUUUUUCUGUUAUUCGCAAAGUGGUUCGCUCAUUGAAUAAAAGUAAUGAGACAUCUAAUGUAGUGGAUAAUUUGCUAAAACGUAUGGAACAAUAUGCGAAUAAUCUGGAAGGUUUGGUAGAAGAACGAACACAAGAAUAUCUUGCCGAGAAGCAAAAAGUUGAAGAUCUCUUACAUCAACUAUUGCCACGUAGUGUUGCUGAUCAGUUGAUAAGUGGACGCGCUGUACAAGCGGAAGCAUUCGAAAGUGUUACUAUCUAUUUUUCCGAUAUUGUUGGCUUUACAGCACUGUCAUCAAUGUCAACACCGAUGCAGGUAGUAACUUUAUUGAACGAUUUAUAUAUGGCAUUCGAUGGUGUUGUGGAUAAUUUUAAAGUAUAUAAAGUGGAGACGAUUGGAGAUGCAUAUAUGGUAGUAUCUGGUCUACCUGAACGACACAAUCAUCAUGCUUCACAAAUUGCUCAAAUGUCAUUAGCACUGUUGCAUAAGGUCAAAAAUUUCGUGAUCAGGCAUCGACCUAACGAGCAACUGAGACUACGUAUUGGAAUUCAUUCUGGACCAGUAGUUGCUGGAGUGGUAGGCUGUAAAAUGCCACGGUACUGUUUAUUUGGUGAUACAGUAAAUACGAGUAGUCGAAUGGAAAGCACUGGCCUGCCACUUCGAAUUCACGUGAGUAGUCAGACAAAAGCUAUCUUGGACAAGGAGGAUCCGGGAUUUAAUUUGGUGCUUCGCGGUGAGGUGGAAAUGAAGGGUAAAGGAAAGCAGAUAACUUAUUGGCUUAAAGGCUACAAUGACAUACGUAUUCCUGAUUUUGGACCGGAAUUUCAAUAG